AUGGCCUCAGGAACUGAGCGGGGCGUGGAGGCGGCCGGCGGCCCUGCCGUCUGCUACCGGGAGCUGAGCCGGUUCCCUGCCAUCACCCGUGCUGCCCUUGGCGCCGCCGCAGAGGGACAGACCUUCCUUCUCUACACCGAGUGCAGCCGCCCCGAUCCGUCACGCCGCCGGCUCCUGCGCUUCAGCCGCCACUACAGCCUGCGGCGCACAGGCGGUGGCGGCCUCGCCGUCAGCCGGGCAGCGCUCAGCACCGAGAUCCACAACCAGCUCCUCAGCCAGGACUCACCCACGGGGCAGCACCGCGCAGUGCUCAGCCGCUGCCCACAGCAGGGCCACGAGCUGCUGGAGGUGUGGGGCAGCGGCGGGCGCAGCCACAGUGUGGACCUCACGGCGUUGGGGAAGCACGGGGCAGUCUACACAGAGGGGCCCUUUGCCUGUCUGGCCUGGUCCCGCUCAGAGACGCGGCUGCUCUACGUGGCCGAGAAGAACUGGCCCAAACCACGGCCCCCCUGCCCCUGGGAUGUGCCAGGAGCAGCCAGGCCAGUGGAGGAGGACAAAGAUGAGGAGGGUGAGCAGUUCGUGUACCGCGAGGACUGGGGGGAGGCACUGAGCACCCGCAGCGUGCCCGUCCUCUGUGCCCUGGACCUGGAGAGCAGCAGCCUUUCAGUGCUGGAGGGUGUCCCGGAGCAUCUCUCCCCUGGCCAGGCCCUGUGGUCCCCAGAUGACUGCGGUGUGGUGUUUGUGGGCUGGUGGCAUGAGCCCUUCCGCCUGGGGCUGAGAGCCUGCUCCAACAGGAGGUCAGGGAUUUUCCACUUGGACCUGGCCAGUGGGCUCUGUGAGCUGCUAUCAGCCGAGCACAGUGCUGCCUGCUCCCCUCGGCUGAGCCCCAAUGGCCGGCGCCUGCUCUACCUGGAGGGAGACCUGGGGGGGCCCCACCGGCAGUGCCUGCGUCUGCGCAUGGUGAGCAGGGCCCUGCGGCUCACCUGGCAGACAAGGCAGACGGUGACGGUGCUCGACGUGGUACAGGAGCCCACAGAGGGUGAGUGUGCCUUUGCUGGGCUCUACGCUGAGACGCUGCCGCUGCGGUGCUGGGCAGCUGACAGCCGGCGAGCCGUGCUGGGCACCCCACAGCGGAGCCGCACAGACUUGCUGCUCGUGGACACGGAGGCGGCCACUGUCACCAACCUGACGGCAGGGUUGCCUGAAGGGUGCUGGGAGCUGCUUACCCUCCAGUGGGACCUGCUGGUGGCCUCCUGCUCCGCCCCGCACCGCCCCCCCAGCCUGGUGGUGGCGGUGCUGCCACCGUCAGGCCAGGAACUGCCCCUCCACUGGGUGCCGGUGGAGGAUUCCCCAACAGUGCCCGGUGUCGCCUGGAAGACCCUGACAGUCUGGCCACCCUGCAGCAGGCAGAGCCCAGCCACACACGGUGCCCAGGCCUUCGAGGCCCUGCUGCUGAGCCCACCGGACAGCACAGCACCACAUCCCCUCGUCGUGUGCCCCCAUGGUGGCCCCCACGCUGUCUUUGAUGCCCGCUGGCGCCCGAGCAUGGCCGCACUGUGCCGGCUGGGCUUCGCCGUGCUCCUAGUGAACUACCGUGGCUCCCUGGGCUUCGGCCAGGCCAGCAUCAGUUCCCUGCUCUCCCAAGUGGGUGAGCAGGAUGUGGCGGACACCCAGGUGCGGACACCAGUGCUGCUGUGCGUGGGCGCCCGGGACCGGCGCGUCAGCCCCACGCAGGCACUGGAGCUGUACAGAGUGCUGCGGGCCAGGGGUGUGCCAACGCGGCUGCUGUGGUAUCCGGAGGGCGGCCAUGCGCUGGCCGGCGUGGAGACGGAGGCCGACGUCUUCGGGAACUGCGCCCGCUGGCUCCUCUGGCACCUAGGGCAGCCCCAGCAGGAUGGGCCAGGCCAACACAGCCCCUAG